CAGUUAGAGACUGUGAAAACCGCACUCAGAUUGCAAAAUCGUCGUUGUCAUCAAUCUAUGCUGGUCUUAACCUAUAUCAAGAAACUUCCCAGCAAGAUCUCAUAGCUUCUUCAACAACCCCUAGGAGCACAAUGGAUGCAGGACAGUACUGUCUGGUUUGUGACGGGCAAUGCCAGCAAGACGAACCCAUCCAAAUCACAUGGGGAAAGUCCCCAAACGACAUCAAGCUAUACUGGACACUCCAGCAUGAAAAACUCUCCAUCGCCCUCAGUCUACAUUAUCCGGCUAUUGAUGAGCCUUCGGUCCAAAAGAGAGCAGUUCUGAAUAUGUUCAAAUUAUCACCAUUGUCUAACCGACCAGCUACAUCUGACUUCUCCUUUACGUCCUCGCAAGACAAUGAUUCGAGUUCAAGAACUUCGGCCGGCUCAAUUAGAUCGCUGCAAUCAACUUCACUUUCCAACACGCCAACGGGGAAUAAUUCAUGUCAGUCACACCGAGUAGCGAAAGCAAGGCAUCACGCAUGUGCAGCACAUCGACAAAACAAGAGAAGAUGUGAUCCUGACGAGUGCCUGGACUGUCCCGACAGAAUGAACCCAAUCAAUCCACUACUCGCGUCCCCAAACUCUGCAACUCCGCAAUCGGUAGGAGGCAUAUCAUCCAUCGGAUCUCAACCUCGGCGGACACAUUCGACGCCUGCAAAUCAGAGGAAGCCCAGCGAGAGAGUUGGUGGACACUCACCAGCGCCAAACAUGGCAUUUGGGCCAUCUCGGCCCCCAUUUCGAAUUCUGCCAUCGCAGAAUGUGCUUACCUUGAGCAACGCGACUUCCAUAAACCCGUAUGAGGGUGGAGUGGUGGGUGGAGAUCCUUACCAGUCAAUCAAUUCGUUCCCGCUCGGCGUUGGAGGGGAGUUCGACGUUCAGCCUUCCGCCUAUAGCGCGGAAGAAAAUUCCGGAUCCGUGGCUCUGUAUACAGACCAUGAUAUUCCCAUGGGGAGUGGAUACAUUGGGCCAAACUUUCAUAUUCCGAACCCAAUUCCACCCGCCACUGCAGAUGCCUGGUACUACCAGCCCUCGUCACAGCAAAUGCCCACACAAGCACUGCAAGCCACACCUCAGACGUACACAAUUCCUAACGCACCCUUCGGAUACGCAGACAAUGUUUAUAAUCUAAACCAGGACCAGAAUGUCAGAGAGAUUCAGCAGGAGAUCUCUCCACCAGCCGUGGACAAGGAGCAGGUUGAGCAGGCCAUAUUGUUGAGUCUGCGAAAGGCGUUCAAGGGUCUUGUUGUGGCGCUAUUAGGUCGCUCUUGUAGGGUGAAGGUGUCCAGGCUGAGGAAAGAUAUGUAAAGCUUGCGUAGUUUAGAGAAUUCGUAGUUUCUGGUCUUGUAGCGUUGAAUUCAAUGGCAGACUUCGCG